AUGCGACGUCGGGAAUUUUGGCGUUUUCCGUCCGUUUUGUUGUUUAUCGUAUGUGCGAUAAAUGAAAACUCAACGGAUCAACGUGUUGCAUUUCCGAAUUCUGAUAAUAAUUACCACGGUGGCAAUGGGAAUCACCUAAUACUCAUUUUUGCACCAGGAAUAAGAACUCAACUAAAUGAACGGGAAGACGCUUCAUCUUCGAGCGAUAUCAGUGAUUUGAGCUCCACUGAAGAUGACAUAAAGUCAUCACCUAAUGAUGAUAGCGCCUACUUUUUGUACCAUAUCUUACGAACUACAGAAGACAAUGAAAAUCUAGAUAAGAAAUUAGUAAACACCAUAGAGGAAACAAAAAGCGUACUACGUCCAAUACUUCGUGCGAGAUGUGAUAAGUUGAGGCAAUGUAAAAGAGCGUGCCCGAAGAAGAAAAUAAACUGUAUUAAAAAGUGUGUAAUAAAGAUCGAUGUCUAUGAAAUUUGUGAGCGGCCCAAAUCGAAAUGUAAACGAGAAAAAUGCGGCAUGACUUUACCUCCAAAGUGGCGAAUGAAA